CCUGAUUUGCCACGCAGCCUCAGCACCGGUGUGAUGGCUCGGUGAGCUCGCGGGGGGAGGAGGGAGCGACGGGGAGCAUGAUGCGGUGACACAUGGCUGCUCGCGCCGCCUGCGCGCUCUGACUGCGGCUGCUACUUCCCAUUCACCGGGAAGCGCCGGAGGUUGGACACUGGGAUGCGGAGAGACGCCGCCGGAGGCUGCCGCAACCGCCGACCGGGACCGAGCGAAGGGACCGCGGACCGAGGGCGCCGCUGAGCGGACCAGCUGCCGUCCAUCCUGCCGCUGGUACGGCGUCACCGUGGGUUUUUGUCCCCGCCGAGCCGCCGUAGCGAUGGGAGAUAACAUGUCCAAGCGCUUGAAGCUCAUCUCGGCUUCGGAGGCGGAGAUGGAGGAGCGCUGUUUUCCCAACCUCUACCCCGACUGGGACCAGGGAGUCGUCACCUCCAACUCCGGAGCUGACGUAGCGCACAGCGAGCCGUUUGAUGCAGACGGAAAGGUGAGUGCAUCGUUUCAGAAGAAGGUCCAGAAUAAGAUCAAAGAUCUCCUCCAGCAAAUGGAGGAGGGCCUCAAAACCGCUGACCCCCAUGAUUUCUCAACUUAUACUGGCUGGACAGGUAUUGCCUUGCUGUACCUGCAGCUGCACCGGGUGACCCAGGAGGCCUCCCACCUGCAGAGGGCAUUGGACUAUGUGAAGCGGUCCAUGAGGAUCCUGAAUGGGCGCAAAGUGACGUUCCUGUGUGGUGAUGCAGGGCCCCUGGCAGUGGGUGCUGUGGUCCACCACAAACUCAACAAUGCCGCUGACAGCCAAGACUGUCUCUCCAGACUCCUCCAGCUGCAGCGGUCAGUGCUGAGUCCUGACGCUGAGAUGCCAGAUGAGCUGCUGUAUGGUCGAGCCGGUUACCUCUAUGCUUUACUCUACGUUAACAAAGAGAUUGGAGCUGACACGGUCGAUGAGAGCACCAUCACAAAGGUGGUGACUGCCAUCGUGGAAUCGGGGAAGAACAUGUCAGCGGAGCAGAAGAAGACCGAUCGCUGUCCUCUCCUCUAUGAAUGGCACAAGAAGCAGUACAUCGGCGCCGCCCACGGCAUGGCUGGCAUCUACUACAUGCUGAUGCAGCCAGGAGCAAAGGUCCAUCCAGACAUGCUGUCGGAGGUGGUUCGCCCCAGCAUCGACUACAUCCGCCACAAGAGGUUUCGCUCAGGAAACUUUCCGUCAUCGCUGAGCAACGAGAGCGACCGUCUGGUUCACUGGUGCCACGGGGCGCCUGGUGUCAUCCAUAUGCUCAUCAUGGCUCACAAGGUGUUUAAGGAGGAGAAGUACUUAAAGGAAGCUGCAGAAUGUGCUGAGGUGAUAUGGCAGCGCGGCCUGUUGAGGAAAGGCUACGGGAUCUGCCACGGCACAGCUGGCAACGGCUAUGCCUUCCUGUCCCUUUACAAGCUCACCCAGGACAAGAAAUACUUGUACCGUGCCUGUAAGUUUGCCGAGUGGUGUCUGGACUACGGCAAGCACGGCUGUCGCAUCCCGGACCGACCCUACUCUCUGUUUGAAGGUAUGGCAGGCACCGUCCACUACCUGUCAGAAAUGGCGAACCCUGAAGAGUGUGGCUUCCCUGCUUUUGAGCUUUCCAAUUGAACCACUGACGCUGGAGGAGGCUGGAGAAACUGCUUUCCAAACUAACUCGACUCUGCAUUUGAGCACUGGAAGAGGACGUUUUUAUGAUGCGGCUUGGUCAAACUCUGGUUAUGGUGGUGAACAAGUUGCUCUGAAACUGAAGAUCAAGCAGAAGCAGAGCAGAGUGGGUGCAGCUCAUUAAAUCUUUUUUUUUUUUUUUUUAGAUAAAUCUGUGGUGUCCUUUUUUGAGUAAAUAAAAACAUGUUUAAGGAGCCAGGGGAGAUUUUGGCAAAGCUCAAAGGUUGAAUGUUAUGGAUCCAAAGGAUGAUGUCAAUAUCUCUUCUGGAGGACGAGUACUCGCAUCCUGUGAGUCCUGUAGGACCUCUGUCAUAGCGCUGUGGGGCUGUCAUCACAGAGGAUGUGUGACGUUGGGGUAAAGCCCUCUGCCUUUAAUAUCACAGCACCAGGCCAACAAGGACAGUGUGAGUGGAUCUGCGCACACUCUGUAUGUGUGAAGUGAACCGAGGCUGUUGGUAGGCAAUGACCCUGCAUGCUCACUGUAAUUGGCCCACGGUGCCUCGUAAUCUGUCAGUGUAGUGAUUUUAUCUGGCUGUAUUUGUGUGUGCUGUUGCUGUUCUCCAGGUAUUCGUCACAGCGAGGAAAGGUUUCACCCCUCUCUCAUCUUUCUUUAGUUCAGUGCUUUACAGCAGGCGGCCCGUGCGUCUGUUUCAGAUUGGAAGUCUAAUGUUUACACUUGGUACAAAGCUGAUUUUGUUUUUCAUAGCAGGUCAGUGUCCACAGCAUUAGCUUUUCAUCAUUAGCUAUAUAAACCUAAUUUCACUUUAAGGUUUCCCAUCUGUCAGGACCCACAGUGCUGUUCAGUUUGUGGUCCACAAUGCAAGUGGACGUCUGUUAAUGAUUUGUAACCACAUUAACAAAGAAGUUAAUUAAGAGGGAGAUCAGCAGGAGAUUAAAGAACACAAUUGCCAAAAAACCCUAGUGUAAUAAUUUAAUAAUGAAUGAAAAAAAACUAUGCAUUGCUCUAAAACAGUUUUUAAGUCUGUCUUUUAAAAGGCUUUUUUCUGCUAGAACCAGUUCCAGCUGUGUCUGCUUGUUGCUGUAGUUGCUUGUUACAUGUGUUGGCGUUUAGUUGGGUGUCCAAACGUUCCUAAAUAUUUAUUUGUGGCAUUCUUCCUUGACGGAUGACGUAAAAUAGAUUUGUCGUUCGAAUAAUUUGGGAAACGGUCAGAGUUGACUCAAACCUAGUAUAAAAAUGUGACAACACAUUUGUCUGUAACUUGGUUUGGAUUGGCAGCCUGCCACACUGACUGGCUGAGGACUUUACUUGCACUGUAGGUGUUAUAAAACAUUCAGACAAAAUUAGAUUUGAUAUUAAAAUUCUUCAAAUCAAAAUUUAAUACAAACAUUGAUCACUUGACCUUUAUUAUAUUAAACAUUUACUUUUCCGGUCACAUUACUCCCGCAGCCUGGUAGUUUAAUAGGAAAAGAGUCGGCAUGGGAAGGUCCCUGGUUUGAUCCCAGGUGUGUCCUUGAGCAAGACACCUCACGCUAGCACAUUGUAUCAUGGUAACAAAUGCCACAUAUGAACAGUAAAUAGUGAUUAUUACGAUAAUUGGGUUUUAUCCAAUCAGAGACAUGGAUGUCAGUUGUAAAGCUGUAAACAAGCCUGCUUUUAAAUGAUUGCUAUCUUCCACUUGGAAUCAACAUCAUCAUCAACAUACAUUUAGUAAUUCCGACGGCACAUGAAUGGACACUAAUGCCUUAUUCUUUCGCAGAACUCAUACCUUGAAUGUCUCUGCUUGAGAAUAGCGUCACAUGUAGAAACCUUAUUGUGUUCAUCUGUUGUGAUUCCAGGUUCACUCAUUCUUCUCAUUGUGUUUGGAGGUGAUUUGUAUCUUGAUCCCAGUGGAAGAACUGUGGGCAUGAAUGCAGGUAAACGUUGGUCUUAUUGGUGUAAAGAUUUCUUUUCUCACUAAACUCCUGAGCUCCAGUGCCACAGCAGUAAAACCUUUUAAUUGUUCUUCUAAACAUGCUUUUUGGCUCAUUCAGUGCUUAAAGAGUUUAUGCAAAAUUUAGCAGUGUUGGAAAUUAAAAGUAAAAAAAAGA